AUGCUCCCAGGGACGGCCCUCCCUGCCGAGAUCGUGCAGCGUGUGUGUGAGUUGGUGUACCUAGGCUGUGUGCCUCUAUGUACGCUGCGUACGCUGGAUCCUGAAGGGCUGCCGUCUGCGGCCUUUAACGGGCAGGCGGCGUCGACGUCGGUGGAAGAAACCCGGCGGGACCUCUAUUCGCUGUGCCUGGUCAACCGCGCAUUUCACGAGUACUCGCAGCCGCUUCUGUUCAGGCGUGUACAGAUUACACUGCCGUACCGUUUCAUGUAUCUAUUUGAAGAGGCGGAGCGGAACCGCGCCAUGAGCGCGUUAUCAGCCAUCCGCCUGCUGGACUUUGCAACUUUUCGUGCGCUGGGCCUGCGGCGCACCGUCGGCGAGAGCUCCGAGCGCCGUUUUGUCACGCCCGAGCGCCUCGAGUCGAUGAUCGAGGCGGCGAGCGGACUCGUGGCGUUCGGCUCCAGCGCGACUAUGGACAGCGCCCUGUCCCUCGCCGUCCUCGAGUCGCUCCUGCUGCGGGGCGGUGCGCGCUCGCGGCCUGGGCGCCUGCGUGGCGUGAGUAUCGAGCGUGGCUCGCGCGGCGUGACGCACAAUGCGCUACAGAGCCUCGAUCUCUGUGGCUGUGUCUCGCCGCGCUUUGUCGAGGCCAUGUAUGACUUUGUCGAGAAGCAUCUCGCCGUCUCGACACGCGGCCGGCGCGCGAUUUACGACCUGGCCGAGGAGGAGGACAGCGAGGACGAGCGUGGGCGCUCGAAUAUGCGCACGGAUGCCGAGCGUGGGCGCUCUGAGGGGCGGCGUGCGCCGUCCGUGCAGCUCCGGUCGCAUGGCCGCACCUUUCCCUCGCUCGAGCGCCUGGGCCUGUCGGGCGUGUCGCUACACCGCGAUAUCCUGUCGUCGUUUGUGUGUGCUUUUCCAAACCUCACGCACCUCGACCUGUCGCAGACCAAGGCGGAUGCGCCGCUGCUCGAGGCGCUCGCCGACUCGCACAUCCGCCUCGAGAGCCUGUCGCUGUCGCGCUGCCGUGCGCUGACCUCACAGAGCAUCGUCGAGCUGCUUCUUGCGCCCCCGACCGAGAACCUCGUGGAGCUGGCGCUGCAGGGCACGCUGCUCUUCCCCACCCCCCUCUCCCCGGACGAUCUGCGGACGAUUCUGCGCACGGCGCCGUGUAUGCGCAGUGGCGCGCUGCGAUACCUCGAUCUCGGCGGGUGCCCGCUGACGGACGAGGAGCUGAGUCUCUUCCCGGGCCAGCCAGCGCUCCUCGACCUCGGCCUCGGCUCCAUCCCCCGCAUCUCACUUCCCGGCGUCGCGACGCUCUUGCUGCACCGCACGCCGAACGUGCAAGUCCUUGAUCUGUCCUACAGCUGUGGCGCACACGCCACAUCGGGGCACAUCCACGCCGUCAACCUAUACCAUGAGCUUCUUGCUCCGUGCACGCAGCGCCCCCAGGCGCUGGCGAUUGCGCAGCAGCUGCGGCGGAUGGGCCUCAAGCAGGACGACGCGGCGCCCGACGACGACAUGUGGCGCGCGCCGACGAACCUGCGUGUCGUCGAGCUGAGCGCCGUGGCGCUGAACACGGUGCGCGGCGGCCUGAGCACCUGGAAGGUGAUCUGGGGCGCCGGGCGCCGCGGCUGGGUCGUCGACGCGGCCGCGGGGCCCAGCCCGUGUGCCGUCGAUAUUCCGGUCGAGGAGAAACAGGACCGGGGCCGGGGGCGCACGAUGCACACGAGCGCCGCCCCCCCUGUGCGCCUUGCGAGUGCGUCGCCAGCGCCAAUGCGGUACGCCGACGUGGAUACACGCUCGCCCGAGCGCCGCGGCUUGGAUCCGAUGCGCCGCGACGAGUCGCGUGGGCGCUCGAGCACGUCGCGGUGGCCCGCGCGCUCCGGCUCGCUCUCCCGCCGCGCGCCGCGCGUCGUGCCCGAGGUGCCCCGCAUGGCGCCCACACACGAGACGCGCUCGCGCUCGCUGUCCCUCUCCGCGCCCCGGCCGGCGAACGAGGAGGCGAGCGACAAAGACGUGCCGGUGCAGCCACAGGUCGUGCGCGACCUGCCCGAGACGCACCCCCGCCGGCGCGAGCUCGAGCACCUUGCGUCGCUCCACGGCUCGGUCGGCGGCACGAUCGGGUGGCACAGUCACAAAAUGGAAGUCCUUCUCGGCUACGGCAUGCUGGGGCACGAGAUCGGGAAUUAUGCGUGGGUGGCCUACCAAGCGAGCUAG